AGCCGCCCUUGCCCCUCCUGGCCCGGGCCAGCUGCUGGGACCCGCCACCCGGCGCAGCGCAGCGCAGCGGCGGCGGAGCAGAGGAGCGCACACACAACCGGCCAUGGGCAAGUCAGCUUCCAAACAGUUUAAUAACGAGGUCCUGAAGGCCCACAACGAGUACCGGGCUCAGCACGGUGUCCCCCCACUGAAGCUUUGCAAGAAGCUCAACCAGGAAGCUCAGCAGUAUUCAGAGGCCCUGGCCAGCACAAGAAUCCUCAAGCACAGCCCAGAGUCCAGUCGUGGCCAGUGUGGAGAGAACCUGGCGUGGGCAUCCUACGACCAGACAGGAAAGGAAGUGGCUGAUCGGUGGUACAGUGAAAUCAAGAACUACAACUUCCAGCAGCCUGGCUUCACCUCGGGCACGGGACACUUCACAGCCAUGGUAUGGAAGAAUACAAAGAAGAUAGGCAUAGGCAAGGCGUCUGCAAGUGAUGGGUCCUCCUUUGUGGUGGCCAGGUACUUCCCAGCAGGGAAUGUCGUCAACCAGGGCUUCUUCGAAGAAAAUGUGCCACCUCCAAAGAAGUAACUCUCAAACGUAAAAGAAGGCGGAGACACAUACGAAGUGCCUAUAGAACAACAAAGAACCAGCCGAGCGUCUGUCCCCGUGGGCCUGUGUACUCUGGAGCAUCUCAUGUGCAGACACUCCAGGCAGCUGCGCAUGAGCUCAUUUCCAGUUAAAGGACGGGCAUCUGAAGCAUUUAUCCAGAGGGUUACCUAGACCACAAUUACUUAGAUUUGAGUAUGAUCAAUUAUGACAUCUUUUGGCUGUUAUUUUUUUAAGCAGACUUCUUUCGUAUCUUUCUUACUUCUAAUAUCCAUCCUCGGACUUUGUGUGUUCUGAAUAUUUGCCAUGCUGAGCGGUGAGGUCAUGUUACAUGAUCAUCCUGCACUGUAAUCUCCUUUUGGUGGAUAUUGAAGAGUAUUAAACCUUCCUUUAAAUGUGACAUAAAACAACUUGCGUUAGAGACACGUGACCAGCUCCAUCUCAUAGAGUCAGUGAGAUUUUUCGUUCUCAGUGGGAAGACAUGAUAUCAUCCCACAUCCUCUGGGAUUCCCUAAUGGAAUUGCCAAAGAGCAAACGGAGAAGGAAAGAGGAAAAAAAAAAAAAAAACCAACCUUACUUCCUUGCAGUUUUUACCCUUUAAAGAGCAAAUACCACAGCCACUAGCACGAUUCACACCUCACACAUUUUUUUUUAAAGUUCCAGUGCUUACAGCUCUAGCUCUGGCUUCUGGGGGUGGGGGUAGGGCUGGAAUGCAGCCCUGCCCCCCACCCUCAUCUCAUUGGACCCUCACACUGCUUGGGCUUUUGGCCAAGGCCUUGGACUAUGAAGUCAGUGGUGUAGGGGGGAGGAUGAGCUCACUUGGGGGCCCUGGAGGAAACCCCACAGCCUCUGUCCUUCCCCACCCCAGCAGGCAGUGACCACCCAGGCUCGUCCCGGCAGCUGCCGCUGAGCUGUCCUGGAAUGUGUGACAAGCCCAAAUGCUCCCCGGAGCAUUCCCAAACCGGGAGCUCAAGAACGCUAAUUCGAUUCUGUGUUUUGCCUCAGACUAUACAGAGUUCCCUCUGAACAGCUGUUUAACCAGGUCCACUCGGGAGGGACCAAGCCAGAGGUCCAGUUGAGUGUCCCUGGAAUGAUGGUAUCUCCUUCUGCCAACCUAAGGGCUCCAGGAAGAGGUUGUUGACCUAAGGACAGAGGAGGCUGGCGGGUCUUCGUUACACUGUGAACAGUGUCACGCUGUGCCACUUGGUUCGUCCGGGGGUAUCUCCUAACGAGACAAUAAAAUCCUUUCCUUUUGUGUAA